GCCACAUUUACCCUUUCCCGUACCUCAUGCCCGCCGCUCCGUCUCAAGCCUUGGCAUUACUGAAGGAUAACAAAGGCAAUGGCAGAGUACUGAAAAAAUUUGCUCAAUUAUCUUAAAGAUUUUUGUCAAGAAUGGAUUACAAAGCAAAUAAUUCAAAAUAGAAACACUGUAUUUUGAGAAAGAAUACAAUCAAAAAGGAAGGAAACAACCACAAAGAAAUUUAAUUGUUGGAAAACAAAAGCUAAAGAUACUCAAACCCCUGUAUCCAAGACAUUAAAACAGCAUUCGUAAGUGACAAAAAGUUGAUGAAACCACUUACAUACUGAUUUGGAGAAGGGCUUUUGAAUCACUUUUUGGCAUCGGCUAGAAACAAACAGCAAUUAUGACUGCCCCUGAUAUGGAAGUGAUUAAAGACAUUCCAGGAUAUAAAGUAAUCCUUAAAGCUGUGAUAAAAACCCAAAUACAGCAAUUGGUUGAACAGUUGGCUGCCCAUACAGAUGAGGAGUCUGUGAUAUUGACAGCCAGUGUUGCUGAUGGUACUCUCAGUCAUCUGGGCUCUGACUCGGGUAAAGGAUUUCUCGAAGACCACGAAGAUGUGAAGUCUCAAUUCCUUGGCUUCUGUCUCAAAAGACACCAUAAGAAAAAGCAAGCCGAAAAGGAAAAAGAGCGUCAGCAGCAAAUGUUGGAAUCAAUGCAACAAAUACCUAUACCAGCCCAACUUGGAUAUGGCCCGGCACCAAGGAGGAACCCACGGGCACCAUAUCCUAGACAGAUAUUACCUCGAGGCCCCAUGCCAGGAAUGUCCCCAGGUGGUAGUCUUAGAUCACCAAGCAUUAGACAUGAACCAUAUCCAAUUUCACGUCCUCAGCGAAACUCCACUGGCUCUAUGCCAACUACACCGGUGAAACAAGAACCAAGUGACUUAUCUAAUGACGGUAUUAGUGAAUCAAAUAAUGUUAGUCAAUCUCCAUCUCAGUUAGGCGAAAGUAAAGAUGACGAAAACACAAACUCUUCUUCCUCUACCAUUCCAAAUGAACCUAGUGACGGAAAUACGGGUGAAUCUAGUGAUAGACAAAAGACAGAUAGUGACUUAGACCCUAAUGUUAAUAUCAAAGUUGAAGCUAUAACUGAAAGUGAGAUGGAGUUAGAAAUAACCGGUGUUGAACCCGGUAGACCUUCAAUUCCUCAAGAUUGGGAUCCUAAUUUAUCUUUAGGAAUGAACUUUGACCCAAAUUCUGGUGCUAUGGGGUCAGCAGCUGAUAUGCAGCAAGGCUACAGUCAAGCUACCAGCAGUGAGAGGGUACCAUGUCCUUUGUGUGAUAAAGAUUUCGGUAGUAAAUACAUUCUGAAAGAUCAUCUAAAAAUUCAUUCCAAUAUUCGUCCUUUUGUUUGUAGUGUUUGUGACAAACGAUUUUACAGAAAAUACCACCUGAAGACCCACAUGACUACUCACAUGAACUUGAUGGAAUAGUUUGCAAUCCCAUAUGAACUUGAUGGAAUAGUUUAUAAUUUCAUAUGAACUUGAUGGAAUAGUUUACAAUCCCACAUGAAAACUUGAUGCAGUAGUUUACAAUCCCACAUGAACUUGAUGGAAUAGUUUACAAUCCCACAUGAACUUGAUGGAAUGGUUUACAAUCCCACAUGAACUUGAUGGAAUAGUUUACAAUUAAAAUAAAAAAGCAAGACUAUUUGAUUGCAGAAGUGUUGCUUGGACACUGUACCAGUUCAUUGGAUAUUAAAACUUGUUGUUUAUAUCGGCACAAAGUUUUAAGUGUUGAGGUUUUGUGAUAGAUUGAAGUCUGUCAUGUGUUUUGUAAUCAACAUACGUUUGAUACACCACCUCCCAAACAAGUCAGUAGAUUUAGAGGAAAGAUUGUCUUCAGGGGAAGAUCCAUAUUUUUACUAGUAUGACAAAGAAAAGUUAUAUAAAGUGACUAAAAGCUCAUUCUUUGGCUGCUGUCACAAUGAGUUGAAUAUUUCAAAGAUCAGUCACAUUUAUAGUCACAUAUUCCAGAUGUAAAAUUUUUAAUAGAAAUGUUAAAAGAAACUGUAUGCAACUCUCAGAGUAUAAGAAUUUGGUAUGUAGCUGCAUCUAUUAAGGUCAUGUGAGUUUUAAACAAAAUGAUCGAUGUGACAGAAAAUUGGCUUCAAUCUUUGACCACUGUUCAUAGUGUAUAUGAAAUCAAAUUUUGACCUCAAUGCUAUCAAAGACCAUGCUGUCUGAGGAAUUUUUUACUGUGUCAUGGGGAGUGAUGUAGGCCUAUUGUCACUGUAAACUGGUUUAACAUUGUGUAUAAUAUGUUUAGCUUUAAUUAGAUAUUUAUUAAAAGUAAAAAAGUGAUCAUUCUUUUGAUCACUGAUAAACUUUAUAUGCUUUAUAAACAAAUAUUUUGCAAUGUAUAUAUUUUGCUUUUUGUAAAAGUUUAGUUUCUGUUUACUUUAACUCUUAUCAUACUUACCAUCUGCAUUUGUUUGCUCUAUAUCAUUUGUGCAUACAUUGUUCAGCGCUAUGUAUAAAUCAAUGCAUACAAAUUGAUCAAUGUAAAUAAUAUGCAUGUCAUCGAUCAGUGUGUAUUUAAUCAUGUACAUGUGUGUACUGUAUACAAAAAUGAUCAAAAACAUGAACAAACAUGUAAAAAAACAACUUCUAAUCCGGAAACCUUUCUAAUCCGAACUUUUCUUCUGGUCCGGACGAGUCCGGAUUAGACAGGUUCUACUGUAUAUAAAUCAUGUGCAUUCAAUUCUUAAUGUAAUGAACUCUUUCGUCUGCUACACAUACGACCAGUGCAUCCAUGUUAAUUGUCUUAUCAUGACCUGUACUGUUCAUUGUACAGUCAGUUCUUAUUUUGAAAAUUUCCAUGAAAGUGAUAAGUCCAUUUAAGAUCUUAUUUAAAUUAUUUUGACUGCAUUUACUUAGACUUUGAUUCA